AUGCCAAGAGUCUCCACUUCAAAAACGAAUUCAAAACGGAGAUCUUCACGUCUUGCUACUCAAUCACAAUCCCAAUCUCAAUCUGAAGUUGACAUUCCGCCAUCAUGGCUUGACCCCCAAUCUCAAUCUCAACAGACACAGAUCGACAACUCUUUUCUAUCUAUAUCAACAGCUUCCCUACCUCCCAAGUACUCUAUCAACCUAGCUUUGCCUGUUGAUACCAAGCUAUCCAGCAUCGAGGAGAAGGAAUACCGAGUGAAAGGUGAAGAGUUCUUACAUGAUGGAUGGAGAAGAUCAGAUCAGCCAGAAGGAACUUUGGUCGACCUCAGAAGGAAGAAUAAGAGGAUCGUUAGUCUAGCAGGAUAUCAAGCUCCCCUCUUGGGCGACAAUCAACAAAGGCAGAAGGAAGAUGCGGAGGAUCAGAUAUUUUGGUAUAAUGCAGGAAUGAAAUUCCCUUGCGUAUGUUCAUUGACAAAGUAUAAUCACUCGUACACCUAUACAACAAAACCACCUCAAUCAACCGAUCUUCAGGCUCUAAAUAUAACCGACUCAGAAGAUUCCCUCAUGGCCGAAGACCCCGAGGACUUACCUGGAUGGUAUGAUGGAAUCGAUCCGAUCGAUUUGGAUCCUUCGUUGGACAAUAUAAAGGAAUUCGAGAUUUCGUGGAACACCACCACAUUUCCUCCUUUGUCGGCUGAACAUGCAAGCCAGAUAAGUGAUCCCGAAACCGUCUACGAAGGUUCUCCAGUCAAUGUUGAUCUAGAACAGGAGAUGAAUCGAUUAAGAAAGGGCAAAUUCAAAGCUAUCGAGGUAGAAUCUUUGUUGCCUCUGUUCCUUAACGGCGAAGGUGACAGGAAGGAUCAAACGAGGCAUGAUAAUCUACUUCCUCCUAUGAUCACUGCCAAUCGAGACCUGAAUGAAGAACAAAGCUGGGAGGAAGAGGUCAAGAGACGUAAAGCCUUUUGGAGGAAGAUGAUAAGGGAUGAUGGUGGGUAUGGGAAGAUGUGGGAUAUUAUACAAUAUCCAUACACUCACCCUUCACGGUACCUUGCCCCUCCGAUUAAACGCAAGAAAAUCAAAAUACCACCGUACAACCUUCCUCGUACCUAUCAUUCCCUAUCACAUCCCUUUCAUCCGAACCUCCCGGAGUACAUCCAAUCAGAGGGUAGUAGGAGGGUAUACUGGUUGAUACCAAUCCACGGACCAAUCUUUAUACCCACCUUGAAUCAUCCUCUGACAGAAAACUUAUACCCGGGUCAAGUGGUUCCCACCAAAGGUGAACUGGUCGAUCAAAUACUGGAUGAAGCCAAAGAUAAAGAUACAAAUAAGAGAAUAAUUUGGACGUCGUCUUUACUUCUUUCUUUUAUUCAACAAUUCCUUCAUCCGUUGUAUAUGGAUGAUCAACGGCCAUUUGGUGUAUUGGGGUAUACGUUCUCGGGAGCAAAACCAGAUCCAUUUCUGGAUAUACCUUAUCGAUCAUCGACUAAUACAGAUGACUUUGAAACGAGAAAAAAUCUUAAUGACAACAAUGUUGGUUUUAUAGAUAAAGAUGAGAUGGUGAAACCCGAAUGUGGUGAUCAUCUAAGAAUCUAUUGUAACCUGAAAUACAGUUUAGAAUUGAGAACAUGGUUACAUAAUGUUAAGAUCCCUAUACCGAGUUCCGACGAUAAUAAUCAUAAAAAGCGAAAAGGAGAAGGAGAAGAGAAAGAGAGUAAGAGUAUGAGGAUAUUUUAUAAAACUAGAUUAACGCUGAUUGGAGAUAAAGGCGAAGUAUUGAUGGUUGCGUAA